AUGGCUUUCCGCUGCGCUGAGAGUGGGACAGAAAAUGGAAGGAAGGCCAGCUCGCUUUCGACUCGGAACGGCCCUGCCAAAUCCUGGAACCAGAGCUUGCCAAAUCCGAACCGACUACUUGUAGAAGGCGCGGAAUGCAUCCAAGUAUCCGAACCUUUCCUUGCCUUCCUUACCCUGCCUUGCCUUGCCUUGCCUCAUUACGAAUAUUCGUACAUGACAUUAUUACACAGUAACAUUGUUCCCCAAGUGUCCACUAGCCAUGACCAUCCCCGAGCCAUGCCGUUGAAUGCAACAUGCCCGCCGGUCCCUUAUCGCACUUCCGAUCCAAAGUUCCUGUCCUCAUCAACUCCCGUCGAACGAGACGAGAGACUUCUGCAGCGCACCAACAAACCCCGUCCCCUUCUUCUCAAAUUCCUCCAGCCUCCGCCGUUCCUAUUUCUUCCCGCUGACUUCGGCGACAUCUACGACACAAUACUCCCCGACACUCUCACACCUCACUUAUUCUUCCUCCCGCGCGCUCUCUCACUAUUCAGUCGUCCUAAGCUCAACUUUGCCUGUGUGCUUCCGCCCGUGCCUUUCCCAACUGGGUGUCUCGGCGUCCUUUGCACAGACCGUGCUUUGGUCUACCUACCUAGGUGUCAGCCUUUGGUCCCACGCUGUACUAUGUACACUACACUACCAAAACGGUUGCGCUGCGACUGGAUACGACAUACUGCCGUCAUUGGCGGCGCCGGGACUGCUGGCACUGACUUCCCUUCUGGUUUUACCCACAUCUUCCUCCUCCUCCUCCUCCACCACCGCAAUCCACCAUCUCUUCCUCCCGGCCAAUUGUCGAAUCACCCCCGCUGA